UAUGUGCAUUAUAUCUGGGCUGUGAUAUCAAUACGGACCCUGUUUAUCACUUUUCUCGACCAAAAAAACACUUCUGUUGCCAAAUUGAAAUAAUUUUAUAUCGUUGAAGGAACUGCAUCAUAAAGAAUCAUUUAUGAGGAAAUAGAUCUCUUACUCGAACCAUUCCGUAACUACUGGCUGUUGUUCAGGUUUUCUGCUUCCAUUGCUGCAACAGAGAGAACCGCCACAAGAGCGAGACCACUGAUUGAAGCUGUGUCCAGCAAGCCAUCAUCAUGGAUGGCAUCUUAUCCUUAGAGUCCACUGAUAUCAAGACAGGUAUCAGGAGGAAGGACAUCCUGAUCAAAAAACCUCAGGUGGAUCAGACGUGCAGUCCUAAGAUCGAGGUCAAAGUCCCCCCAGCAGGUGUCAUGUACAAGUUGAGGGAUUUGAAAGGGGAAUUGGUUCAAGCAUGGAAAGAAGUCUUCAAAGGAUGUGAUCAAGUAGAGGUUUCAGAGGGUGAUAUUUUCAAGAAUGCUCCAGCAGCAGAUGCAAUAGUUUCUCCAGCUAAUAGUUUUGGGUAUAUGGACGGAGGCAUUGAUUUAGCAUAUUCUAGACACUUCGGUUGGCAACUCAUGAAUAGGUUACAAGAAAUUAUUAUGACAGAGAAAGAUGGUGAACUUUUAGUGGGCGAUGCAAUCAUUAUACCGACGUGUCAACAGUUCUGGGGGAAUACAGAGAAGACAUCCUGGGAAGGCUUCAAUCAAGGUACCCCUAUCAAAUACCUUAUAUCAGCUCCGACCAUGCGUGUUCCUGAUGAUGUUUCUGACAGUAUCAACGCUUACUUAGCAUUUAGAGCAGUCCUAAUAGCAGUACAAAAACACAAUGCAAACACAAGUAAGACCGGUCUCUUGCCUAUAUCUAGUGUUCUAUGUCCAGGACUAGCCACCAAUGUGGGCAGGAUGCCUCCCAAGAAAUGUGCAAAACAGAUGAAGUGUGCGUAUGAAGUCUACGAGUUGAAAAAAGACCAAUACCUACAGAAUCCAGAGAGUCUAGGCAGCGUGUGGGAACAUCAACUAUACAUGGCAUCAGAUGAUGACUACAAUCCAGAAAUCACAUUUUUAGAAGAAGAGAGCUGAGGUUGGGCCCACUGGUGUAAAGUACUGUCUACCUUUCCCUGCCCCGCACAGCCCCUUUCCCCAUCUCGCUCCGUCUCUCUGGUUCCUGUCUGUAUGUGUGAAGCGCCCUCGACAUAGGUCCAUCACCAGGCUGAGGCAUGAUCUCACCAAGGACAAUGCAUUGGAGCGGCUUCACAGUAUGGUGUCGGCCACUAGUCUAGAAAGGCCUCCUGAAUCUAAAAGCUUUUCUCAGAGAAGUCCAGUACCUGCACAGACUGUUUCCAUAUCUGUAAAUGUUGCAUGCACAGCUUCGAUGACCGCUACAUGAUCAGGUUCUUCUUGUUGUACAACAUCAAGCUGUUUGUCGAUGACCGCUACAUGAUCAGGUUCUUCUUGUUGUACAACAUCAAGCCUUUUUUUGAUGACCGCUACAUGAUCUUGUUGUACAACAUCAAGCUGUUAUGUCGACGACCGCUAAAUGAUCAGGUUCUUCUUGGUGUACAACAUCAAGCUGUUUUGGACAGAACCGCUAUUGUGUUAUGGGCUGUGCAAGAGACUAUUGCAUUUACAGUACAUUUACAGCUUGGACUUGCUUAUCAAGCUAUCCUUUGGAAUGAGCAGACCAUGGAUGAAUGGAACAUACAAGUACAAGUUUUCACAUACUACAUGUACAGAGCUACCUGGAAAACUCAAAAGCUCGUUCUCACUUUCAGUCCUCUUCGAUGUGAGCGAUGUCGAGAGAGGGACUUUAUGAUGGAGUACCACCCGCACUGAGUGGAUACCCGUUCUUUUCUUUUCACAUUUAUUUUGUUCUCACUUCAUGCAGACUUUGACA